GAGCUGAGAUUUUGGUACAAUGCAAUUCCUUAUCUCGCCUCGUUGCGCGUCGUUGUGCUGACAACGGAAGAUGGAAGACGAGGAUGUUUCCGGCGAGAAGCAGAAACUGGCGACCGUCGGUAAAGAGAAGGUUUCCGUUAGUGGUUAAAUCUAUCUCUAGCGAGCCUAAGGAGAAGGUGGUUGAUGCAGUUAUCGAUUCCGAACAAGAAGUGAUGAAUCCGUUUGCUCCAGAUGCUGCUUCCGUAGCUUCGAGUAUCAAGUACCACGCGGAGUUCACGCCUUUAUUUUCUCCGGAGAAGUUUGAGUUACCUAAGGCGUUCUUUGCGACUGCGCAGAGUGUUAGAGACGCUCUGAUCAUGAAUUGGAAUGCUACUUAUGAGUAUUACAAUAGGGUGAAUGUGAAACAGGCUUAUUAUCUGUCAAUGGAGUUUUUGCAGGGUAGAGCCUUGUCGAAUGCAGUGGGUAACCUUGGGCUUAAUAGUGCUUAUGGUGACGCCUUGAAGAGGCUUGGUUUUGAUUUGGAAACUGUAGCUAGUCAGGAGCCAGACCCUGCACUUGGGAAUGGUGGACUUGGGAGACUUAUCCAGCCACUCUCGGCGGAAAAGCGCCGACCACACCAUUCAAUCUGGAACCCUCUCGAUCCGAUCUGCCGAUCUCCGCCGAUCGACCAGAUUCAAACGCUCCGCCUUUCUCAGCCGGAUUCACAGAAUCCAUACGGCGCCGAUCUCCGACCAUCCGGUUGCCGACCUCGUUCUCUAUGCCACCCUCGAAACCCAGCUCGACCUGAUGACCUUCAAACCCGCUCAAGCCCGAGCUAG